UCCAUCGUCUUUAAAAACACAUAUAAAUAAAUAAAUGACGACAUUCUUCGUUAUUUAACCUUCAAAACGAUCUAAAUAGCAAAGUUGCCGUCGAGACCGAUGUAUUCCCUGCAAACUGCUUUGUCCCGUUAACGUUAAAGCUCGCGUCGUUCUUCCUCUUCACUCUCUUAAAAACUCUUCAGGUUUUUCCAGCUGAGCGAUUCAGGCUGAGGCGGGCGCAACCGCACUAGAGGGAAAGUCAAGUCGUGCUGGACUGGCGCGGUAUCCUCUCACGGUUUACAAGUAAAGCAAGAUCGGACUCGCAUUUUAUCAAGCUUUGAAAAUGAUGGAAUAUGCUGAUUUUAAAAGUUGACCUGGGAUUUCUAGUUGUCAGGUGUCGAGGCAUGGCUUUCCUUGUAACUUGCUUAUUUUUGUCUUGUUACAGUGCUAGCAGUGUUUGGGGAAAUCAGCACAGUGAGACCAGUAUAUAUUUGGAUAACAUCACGCGUAUAUUGGAUAGAUUACUGGAUGGCUAUGACAACAGACUGCGACCUGGAUUUGGAGGUCCAGUUACAGAGGUCAAAACAGACAUCUUUGUCACCAGCUUUGGACCUGUUUCAGAUGUUGAGAUGGAAUACACCAUGGAUGUGUUCUUUCGUCAGACGUGGAUUGACGAACGACUAAAAUUUGAGGGCCCCAUUGAGAUCCUGCGGCUCAACAACUUGAUGGUCAGCAAGAUCUGGACACCGGACACAUUUUUCCGCAAUGGCAAGAGGUCGAUCUCUCACAACAUGACCACCCCCAACAAGCUGUUCCGCAUCAUGCAGAACGGAACUAUCCUCUACACCAUGAGAUUAACUAUAAAUGCAGAGUGCCCCAUGCGUCUGAUGAACUUCCCCAUGGACGGCCAUGCCUGCCCACUUAAGUUUGGGAGUUAUGCUUACCCCAUCAGUGAAAUUGUGUACACAUGGAAGAAAGGUCCUCUGUCAUCUGUUGAAGUGCCACAAGAAUCAUCCAGUUUGCUGCAGUAUGACCUUAUUGGUCAGACAGUUUCCAGUGAGAGACUAAAAUCCAAUACAGGUGAAUAUGUCAUUAUGACCGUUCAUUUUCACCUGCAAAGGAAAAUGGGCUUCUUCUUGAUUCAGACUUACAUUCCCUGUAUCAUGACUGUCAUCCUGGCCCAAGUCUCAUUCUGGAUUAAUAAGGAAUCAGUUCCAGCUCGGACUGUGUUCGGUAUCACCACUGUCUUGACGAUGACAACACUCAGCAUCAGUGCCCGCCACUCACUCCCGAAAGUCUCCUAUGCCACAGCCAUGGAUUGGUUCAUUGCUGUUUGCUUUGCCUUUGUCUUCUCCGCCCUGAUUGAGUUUGCAGCCGUCAACUACUUCUCCACCUUACAGGCCAACAGGGAACACCGGAAAGCAGCGGCCAUGAAGGCAGCAGCUCAGGAGGCAGCCGCUGCGGCCGCAGCUCCCGCUGUGGCUGCAGGGAAUGACGUAGAGGUGUCCUCAGUGGAUGCCAGUAGUGUGCUUAAGAAGAGGAUGAACUCCACCCCGAUGUUUGAGCGUCCUGCCAAGACAUUUCCCAACCCACCGGUCAAUGCCCAAGCAUUCCUCCAGCAAGGUUCGGCUGUACCGGCCAACAAUGUUCUGACUGGCACCAGCAUCAUCGACAAAUACUCACGCAUCCUUUUCCCCCUUUCGUUUGGCGCCUUCAACCUGGUCUACUGGAUUGUCUAUCUUACCAAGGACACAAUGGAGAUGUCCAGGGAUACCAUCUAGGCCUAGUGUUUGUUCUUCUGGAUGGCACACACACACUUACAUGCAUACAUUUACAUUUAUAUGUAUCAGCCACAACCUUAAAACCAGCGACCGUUGAAGUGAACAACAUUGAUCAGUUCAUUUAAAUGCAGCACUCUUCUGGGAAACCUUGGGCUCUGACAUUCAUAUGGAUAUUACUUUGACUUGAACUGCUUACCUAACCUUUGUUCCAGACUAAGCACACCCCACCAUUGCAACAACACUCCCCAACAACUGCAACCUUCCCAAGCAGUAUAAUUUACCCCAGUGAUAUAAAAACUCCUCAGGAAUGGGUGAAGAACACGACAAAGACAAAAGUUUCCAGAUACUUAUCUGAUGAUGAAUCAGUGGAAUUCUCCAGAAUGAGCCACAAAUUCACAGGAGAUAUACUCUACAGAAGCCAGACACCAGAGGACACCCAGCCUCAGACACCCCAUGUCCAUAUCGUGACAGGUUAGAGUUGCUUUUGUAGAUCAAGUGGAACCCAGUGCUAGGCAAUUAGAUUUAUUGUUAUGGCUAAUCUGAUAAAAAUUUAAGAGGCAUUUACAAAAAGUUCCACUUCUCCAUAAAAAAGCAAAACCCAGUUAAGUAAGUUAUUAAGUUCUUUUGAUGUCUUGCACUACUUACAAUGCUCCUACUCCAUUUAUCAUAUCAAGUAGCCAACUCAUGUAGGUAAGUAAUAAUGGUGGUAAGUGACAGUUGGAUUGUUAUGACUAAAAACUGCUAUGUACACAUUGCAACACAAGCUAGAUUAUUUGUGCCAAAUGCUUCCCCUUAAACACUUCAGGAUGUAAGCAAAAAGUCUGAACCUGGAGUUACACAGUACAUGAAACAAAAGAUAACCAUGACUUUGGUCAUGCUCCUGACCUGAUGUACCACCUAUUUGGACAUUAUAUUCCCUUCUACUACUGACUGCUGCUUAGUCACUUGGCUCUAUCUGACCCAUCUCUAAUCAUUGUUAUUUACAUUUUGAAGAGAUCUAGUUCCUUAAUCCAGAAAGAAUACCACAGGAGAUUCAGAUAUUAAUUGUAGGAUAUGUUUACCUGGCUGCAGAACUAGGGCAGCCACACAUCUAUAAGUUAUAAAAGUUCUAAGUUAUUUUUGAACUGCCAAAAAUAUUAUGCUCAUCCAUUUAUUCAGAUAAAAUAUUUUCUAAUUUAAUAUCAGCUCACUGACUUUUAUAUGGCUGCAAAUACAAGUAAACAUAGUAUAGUAAGACUCCAGAUAAAGGCUUCAAAGCUACCUGUAGAAUUUAUUCUUUAUGUUACAAAUCACAAUCCCUAACAUUAACCCACUGAACCCUUCCUAACAGCAAAGCAGGUAUAAUCUAAAAAUAUAAUAUAGAGUAAGUUUGCCACUAAACUUUGUCUAUAAGUUACAGGACAAAAACAAAAAUAUAUAUAUAAAAAAAAAAAAAAACAAACAAACAAAAAAAACAGGUUGCCGGAUUCUAGUGCUGGAGAAGAUAGAACAUUUAUGGGGAGAUUCACCACAUAGAGCAAUCUGAUCACUUAAUAAACUGGAUUUUCACACAAAGAAAAAAAAAUGCUUGCCAAGCUCUCUUUUCUGCCACCUCAGUGCAUUGUGUUUCAUUUUAUCUUGUUGCAUGGAAAGCAAGUGCUUUGAGAGCAGAUGUACCUGAUCCUUUUGCCAACUUGACCAGGCAACUCAAAGCCAUAUGAGCUCCAGAGCCCCAUGCUCUGUUAUCAUUUAAAACAGAAACUACAUCUCUCUACCACUCUUUCUCAUUCAUUUCAAAUCUCUGAGAUAUAACAAAAAAAUACCCAUUAGGAAUAGCUGGGGUAGGACCUACUUUGGGAGAGCAAGAGCUAAAGCAUCCACACAGAUCCACUUUGUUGUAUGUAUUGAUUUUCUGUGUGCAUGCAAUUCACAUGCAGUUCCAGACAUCAGAAUGAUAUUGCGUCUGUGGUUGAAAUGACGCAUUUCCUGCUUCAAUAUUUAGAACACACGUAAGAGAAUAAGUGUACUUGUCCUGAUAUUGCAUCCAUUGUGACUGAGUGACUGAAUUGCAGGAACUCUCUCACUGCCAGCUCUACUUUCCACUAUUCAUUUUUUUCCCUUCCAACACUCUAUUUUUUGGUUCAUUGGCUUAAUUUCCCUCUGCUGGAGUAUAGAGGAUGUGAAGAAAAAUCUUCAAAGGGUUUAGAUGGUGUGUUCCACAGAUUCAUUGGCUGCACUGAAUAUUUAGUGUCACAUGCAGAUGCAGAUGGAAAAAACGUGUGCAUACAGUUACUAGAGCGUUAAAAACAUCCACACAU